AUGAGUGAAGAGGAUGCACUGAAGUUUCCACCGACCACUAGCAUAGACCUCAUUUCCGAUGCAACAAAAUCCAGUAUGGAAUUAAUAGCCGCUUCUGGAGAAACCAAAGUAGGUGAUAUGAUUCGAGUUUGUAUAACGAUGUACGACCACACCGGGCACAGAAAGACAACUGGCGGAGACAUCUUAAAGCUGUAUAUGUGUAACCAAAGUCAAUGGUCAACAAGGCGUGGUACAGUGGUCGACCACAACAACGGAACAUACACAGGUGAGGUCGAGGCAGCGUGGAGCGGGCAGUCAGAACUAGUCGCCAGGCUGGAAUAUACCCGAGAGGCUAUUAGUGCGAUGUAUCGUAUGGCAUCCUUGGAAAUAUUCCAUGCCGUAUUUCAAGAGGGCAAUGUCAGCGAAACUACAGUUUGCCAUCCAGAUUUGCAUACUCUACGUAAAUAUUUCAAUUACACACGGGUAUGUGACAUGACGUAUGAAAACUCAGGGAUGCAUUGGUAUUGUGACACGAAGGCGUACACAACGGUUUCGGUUGCUCGUCGUCUGGAUAACAUUAAGGAUGACGAGGAUGCCGUUGUAGUCAUUCAUAUUUACAUUCAUUUGUUACUAUAUCAUCACAGCAUUUUUGAACGUAAGAUGAGAAUGAUACGCACAAGUGUUGCAAGCCUGCUUCAACGAAACAAACUGGCACAAGUUGUGAUACUUGGACCGCAUACGUUUGAUUCGUAUGCUAAAUUCCCUGACCUUGACCGCGACUUAAUAACCACCACCAUCAAGCUGAAGUUAAAAACAAGCGCGUCACCCUAA